CAUCUGAGCCAAUGUCACCAAACUAUGGUAUGAGGAGACCUUCUUUUGAAAAUGAGCAUUUUGAAGCUGAUGACAGUGAAAGUAGUAGAAAACCAUGGAUGAGAUCACCAAAGAGAAACAAUACAACUCCACCAAGGGACAAAAGAAGAGAUUUCAGAAGUCCCAAAUCUGGUGAUGAUCGUUUACAGACAUUUGGUAAAUCUCCUACCACUGUGAAUAGUCCUCAUCACAGUCCAUCACCACCAGCAACAGUCAAAGGUCAAUCCAUGACAGACAAGACAUCACCAUCAAAUAGAUACUUUAUAGUCAAGUGUAACAGUAUGAAGAAUCUGGAAACAUCUCUGAAUAAAGGAAUUUGGUCAACCACACCAACAAAUGAACAGAAGUUUAACCAAGCUUUCAAG